AUGGCCGGUGUUAUGAAUGUGACGGUGGCCAUCUUUGUCAACAGUGCAAUGGAUGCAUCGUCAGUUCGGUCUCGAGACCUCGCCAAGAAGGCGAAGGAAGAGUACGAGGCCACCUGCAAAGCAUUGUACGAGGUCUUCCAAGAAGCGGAUAGCGACGGCAACGGCACGCUGUCGAAGGAGGAGUUCAAGAAGGCCCUCGAGGAGAAGGAUCUCCUGAGGCGACUCCAUGGCGCAGGGAUCGACGCGACUAGCGCCUCGUCUUUGUUCGAUAUUCUGGACAUCGAUGCCAACGGGACUCUGGAUGGCAAUGAGUUCGUGGAGGGAGUCCUCCGGUCGCGCGGGAACGCACAGAACAAGGAUCUGGUGGGGCUCAGAUGCGACGUUUGGCGGGCGAACCUCUCGGUGCACGAGGAGAUCCGACAUGUCAGCAUCUACUUUGAGGAGCGUCUUCAAGCCACCGUGCUGAAGAUGAAGGUCCUUUCGGAGGCAGCAGCUCCCAUACUACGACGAGCCCAAGAGGAGCUCCUGCAGGGGGGCGCCCGGGGAGACUCGCCAUCAUCUUCCUGUGGCUUCAAGAAUGCACCGGUCUUUUCAUCCGCAGAGCAAGCCACGGGCGAUGAUGAGAGCCAAGACCCAACGCACUCUGCCGUGUUGCCUUUUCAAGGGGCACGCUCCGAAAAGUCCGAGAGCGAGAGGGCCCAGACUCAGACUUUGAAUGAAAAUAUAAUUCCGUAG